GGGGAAGAUGAGAAUGAAAUAGCUUGAACAAGAAGCCGGGAUCAUGGCGGCACCGCUCGGGCGGGACACUCUACCUGACUACUGGUCCUAUGGAGUUUAUCGAGAUGGCAGGGUCUUCUUCAUCAAUGAUAAAACUCACAGCACUACUUGGCUCCAUCCCCGUACGGGUGAACCUGUCAACUCUGGACACAUGAUACGAUCAGAUUUACCACUGGGAUGGGAAGAAGGAUUCUCAGACGAGGGGGCCAGCUACUUCAUUAACCAUAACCAGAAGAGCACGUCGUUCCGACACCCUGUGACUGGACAGAUAUCUCCAGAAAACACUGAAUAUAUGCUCCACGACAAGACAGAGUCCCGGGGCAUGUCCAAGCCACCGCCACCGGCCAGUCAGAGGCCCCCCAGCAUGGUCAGCCAGACUUCCAAGGCUGUGACCUCAUCAACAGUGGAUGUCACCUCAGGGUCAAAGCCGCAGGGCUCUAGGAGUAGUGGCAAGGUACACAGCUUCGGCAAGAGGGACCAAGCCAUCAAGAGGAACCCCAAUAUCCCUGUGGUGGUCAGGGGAUGGCUCUACAAACAGGACAGCUCUGGAAUGAGACUGUGGAAGAGGAAGUGGUUUGUGUUGUCCGACUACUGCUUGUUUUAUUACAAAGACAGCAGAGAGGAGACGGUUUUGGGGAGCAUCCCCCUGCCCAGUUAUGUAAUCGCCCCUGUGGAGCCUGAUGACCACAUCAGCCGCAAGUAUGCCUUCAAGGCGAGCCACACAGGAAUGCGCUCCUACAUUUACAAUAAGAACUCUGUGAUUGGCUCGCAGGCAGAGCACGGUGGGAUGAGGACGUACUUCUUCAGUGCCGACACGCAGGAGGACAUGAAUGGUUGGAUCCGAGCCAUGAACCAGGCUGCUCUCAUGCAGAGUCAAGGCAUGAAGAGAGAGGCAGUCACAGAGAGACCAGAAAUGUCAGUGCAGCAGGCAGUACCACAGACCAACCACGUUAACAACAACAACACCAGUAAGAGCCCCUCCCAGUCGCGUUCAGGGAGCCUCCAGAGGCCCGAGAGAGAGGAGCCUCCGGAGGGGGAGAUCCGACUGAGCCAGGGGGACGAGGAGAGGUACGUGUUGGAGGCUCCUAGAAAGCUCAGCCAUCCAGCCACGGAGGUAGAGGUAGAGGUGGACAGGCUCUCCCCAGACACUCUCCCUGGCCCCUCACACCCCAGGAAUGGCCAGGCCCACACAGUCCUCGCCACGCUGCCCCCUGAGCAGAAUGGGAACGUCGUGUAUAAGAGGGGCUUUGUCCCACGGACAGCCACAGAGAAGCAGGUGCAGAGGAAGACUGCUCUGGCUCAGGUGGAGCACUGGGUCAAAGUACAGAAGGGAGAUCCCAAGAGCAACACAUCUACUACUGAGUACGCCCUCCCCCUCCCUCGGCGGACCCCUCCCCUGCAGCCUAAGGCCGUGGUAGUAGAGGCCUACCAGACAUUGCCAAAGACCCCCAGACUCCCGUCUGGCGGGAGCUCCCCUUCGGCGCCCCGCAAUCUGCCCAGCGACUACAAAUACGCCCACGACCGGCUCAGCCACUUCCGCAUGUCCACCGAUGAGCGCAUGGCCACCAAGGAGGGCAUGGUAUGGCAGCUGUAUGAGUGGCAGCAGCGCCAGCAGUUCCGCCACGGCAGCCCCACGGCACCCAUCUACACCGGGCCAGAGUUCCUGGACACGGCCUCCUUCAGGCUCACUGUGGAGAUGCCUCGCUCCAUCUCUGUGCCCCCUUCCCCCUGUGAAGUCCCCCCAUCUGUCCCCACCUUCAAACCACUGUCCCCCCACAGGCCACACACCCCCUCAGACAGGGUGACGGUCAGGCCGCUGGAUGAGGUGCCACCUGGGGAGUCCCCCACCGGCUCCAGUUCUCCUAGACGGGUGUUUUCUCAGCUCUCUAAGACUAGUCAGCUGGAGAGACGGUCAAUGCCAGCCAUGGGCUACAUCACACACACAGUCAGCGCACCAAGCUUGCAUGGGAAAACGGCAGAUGAUACUUACAUGCAACUGAAGAAGGACCUGGAUUAUCUCGAUCUGAAGGUGGGCCCCAAGAGAAAAGAUCACGUUACAGGGCGUGAAACUCUAAAAGACAGACCAUCGAGACCUGUUAAGAUAGCAGAGAGCGAUGUUGAUGUGAAGUUAAGUCGACUGUGUGAACAAGACAAGAUCCUUCAGGAGAUGGAAACAACGAUACGCACGCUCAAGGAAGACAAGGACAAGUUGGAGUCCGUGCUGGACGUGUCCCACCAGCAGAUGGAGCAGUACCGGGACCAGCCGGCCCACCAGGAGAAGAUAUCCUACCAGCAGAGACUACUGCAGGAGGACGUGGUGCACAUCAGAGCUGAGAUCUCUCAGGUGUCCACGGAGAUGGAGAAUGCGUGGAACGAGUACAGCAGCCUGGAGAGAGAUGUAGACUGGUUGAGGACAGCUCUGGAGGGCCAGAUGAACCGCAGUGGUCUCUCUCAGAAGGAGAAGUCCCAGAUCAAGAGGGAGUUGUGGAGGGUUGAAGACGUAAUAGCAGGCCUCAGCUCCAGCAAAGCCAACUACCAAGUCACCAUCUCCUCUGUGACCAACCCAGAGAGAAAACUUGUGCCUUCCGUGUCGCCAUCGUCAGUGCCUUCUCUCUCUGCCAGUCCCUCCCUGGGAGAGAUGAGACUGGCCCAGCAGCACAGCCCCCACCUCAGCCCCACAACCCCCACCUCCACCCAGCACACCACCGCAGCCCUCCCCAUGUCUGUGCCAAAAUGGGCAGAUGAGGGCGCCCCUCCCCGACCACCACUACCUCAGCUAUACAGUCCUGAGGACCACGCCCCGGCCGUGCCUCCGCCGCCCAGGGAAACCAGCGUCAUCAGACACACGUCUGUACGAGGCCUCAAACGACAGUCUGACGAACGCAAGCGGGACAGGGAGAUUGGCCAAUACACCAACGAAGACAACAAGGUGGAGCUGCGCACCUUCCUGAGUGAACCUGAGCUUCUGGGAGUGGGAGGGUCUGGUCACAUGAGGAUGGGGGCCUUGGGGCAUGAUGGUGGCUACCAGACCCUGCCAAGCAGAGGGCCGGCUGGCUCCUCAUCCAGGCUAAAUCAGUCCACAAACAUCUCCUCAUAUGUUACCCUCAGAAGAGGAGCCUCAGCAGCCUCAGGCCUGAAGGAGAGACCAAAGAGUGCCUUGGAGCGUCUGUACUCUGGGGAUGUGCUGCAGCAGCAGAGCAGGGGGAGGAUGAGUGCUGAGGAGCAGCUGCAGAGGAUGAAGAGGCACCAGAAGGCUCUGGUCCGCCAGCGCAAGAGGACCCUGAGUCAAGGAGAACGCCAGGCCUCUUCAUCACGAGCCUCCUCCUCAUCAUCAUCACAGCAACGCCCCCUUUCCGCAGACCUGGGCUCAUGGAGGCGAGAGCAGGAGUUUGACCUGCAGUUGCUGGAGCGGGCGGUGCAAGGGGAGGAGGCGCGGGGCGUGGUCCAGGGCGAGGAGUGUCCAGCAGAGCACAGUGAUAGACCUCGGUCCCAGUCAGACGAGUGGCUGACCCUCCGCUCUACAGCCACGUCCACACUUACCCAGGAGGCGGACCUGGAGACGCUGGACUAUGACCUGGACCUCAGCCGAGAGCUGGCCAAACCUCAGAAGGUGUUAAUCCCUGAGCGCUACAUAGACACAGAGCCUGAGGAACCUCUCAGCCCUCAGGAGGUGGAGGCUCGCCAUCGCAACAUGGAGCGCAUCAAGAACAUUCUGGCCAAGUCCAGUGUUCAGAUCCUGGCGGGGCCCUCUGUGGCGGUGGAUAAGCCAGAGGUGCUGGGUCUGGACUCAGCCCUACUGAAGCAGGAGAGGAUCAUCACCAUGUCUUACGCCCUGGCCUCAGAGGCCUCCCUCAAGAGCAAGCAGGUCGCAGCCAAAGCGCUUUCUGGACACUGAGGUGCUGUUCCAUGAUGACAAUACAACCUGGAUUCUUGAAGAAAGAAAGACUUUGUCUGGUUGUGACAGUUACACUGUAAUACAGUAGAUGAGUGUUAGUGAACAUUUAACCUGCCCUCAGUAGCACGCAGCAGGACUUACUCGCUGAUGCAUUUUUAGUAGCUAAAAUGAAGUAACUAUUUUCUUAAGAAAAUGUAUGUCUGCCGUGAAAGCUGCUGUGCAUAUUAACUUUGGAAGUGUCUAACAGAUGUUAAUCCCAUAAUAGAAAAUGUUUUAUACACGUUAUUGCACUUUUAGCAUUAUACUGUAGAACUGAAAGAGAUAUUUUCAAGGUGAGAAUGUUUUGUCUUGCAGUGUGAUCUGAAUUUGGAGGGAACUUGUAUUUUUUCAAAAAAGUUAAUGAGAGUAUUCACCAACUGGAAGGUCGAUAUGAACAUGAUAAGGUACUGAACAUGUGUCAUGUUGAUUGUAUUUUUGUCAAAACUCAGAUGAUAUUCUUACACCAAAUCACUUGAAAUGUAAUUUGUGUUUGUAUCUAGCACUGCCAGUCUCUUAUUGGCUUGCCAAAUUGAUUUUAUUUUUGCUUACAACAUUGGGAGGAAAAUAACAUUGAAUAUAAUAUUUUCGGGACGGCUUGGGCAGGUUGCACAAUGAUAAUUAUUAAAAAUGUAAAUAUUAAAGAUAUUAACAUGA